AAUAUAAACUUCAAUCUUACGGUUCAAGAUUCUUCGAUAUCUCCUUGUUUCCAGCUUUAAAAGAAUUCUUUCUAUACCGGUAUACGUUUCUUUAGACCUUCAAUUCAAUUCAUCAACUAAAGCAAAGAAAUCUAGUUUCAGUAUUUGAAUGUAGUUUCUCGAUAAAGAAAAAAGAAAAGCGAAGAAAAGCUCCAAGCUUUAUUUGAUUCUGUUGUGUUGAUCAAAAGCCUUUUGAAUAUAGUUCUGAUUGAAACUGAAGAUGGGUUCUGAUUUUCAUGUGCCAUGUUUCCUCAAUUUCAGUUGCCAUAAAGAAAGAUUUCUCGAGGGUGGAAAGAGAGUAUGAGGAAUAGUAAUCCGAUUCCGACUAGAGAGCGAAACCAGAAUAGACCAAACCUGAGGUUCAGAAAAGUCGUGCAGUGCCUGUGCUCGUGUAAACGAUCAAAUAGCCCAAAUGAGAUGAUCCCUUCAUCAGAAUCGACAGGGACGAAGGACUACUCAAUUAGUCUUUAUUCUUCUCAAACUGUAGGGGAGAACGAUAAGAAACCGGAUACAGUUAGUAUUGAAGAAGCAGAGUUAUCGCUUCGCGAAAGUGGUUCUCUGAAUUAUGAGGAAGCAAGAGCAUUGUUAGGAAGAUACGAGUAUCAGAAAGGAAACAUUGAAGCGGCUCUUCAUGUCUUUGAAGGGAUAGAUAUCGCCACCAUUACUCCAAAGAUUAAAAUUAGUCUAGCUAUAAGAGCGCAGCCUCGUAAAAAACGUUCUCAUAAUUACGCAACUCCACCAUUAUCACCACACGCUCUUAGUCUACUUCUAGAAGCAAUUUUCUUAAAGUCAAAAUCGUUGCAGAUUCUCGGUCGAUAUAAAGAAGCUGCUCGAUCAUGCAAAGUUAUACUCGACAUUGUUGAAUCAUCAUUACCGGAAGGGUUGCCGGAGAACUUUGGUGCCGACUGUAAAUUACAGGAGAUUCUGAAUUCCGCCGUGGAAUUGCUCCCGGAGUUGUGGCAACUUUCCGAUUCACCCCAGGAAGCCAUCUCAUCAUUCCGGCAAGCAUUACUCCAUCACUGGAACCUCGAUGAUGAAACAAAAGCAAAAAUCGAAUUGGAUUUUGCUAUUUUUCUUCUCUAUAGUGGCGACAAAGAGGCGGCUCCGCCAAAUCUCCGGUCACAGAUGGACGGCUCGUUUAUACCUAGAAGUAACAUUGAAGAAGCAAUUCUACUUUUGAUGAUUUUACUAAAAAAAAUUAAUUUAAAGAAAAUCAAAUGGGACCCAUCGGUGUUAGAUCAUCUUUCUUACGCGUUAUCUGUUUCCGGCGGACUCGGGGCUCUCGGAAAGCAAUUGGAAUCGUUGAUUCCGGCGGUUGUUGACCGGAGAGAAAGGUAUCUCCUUUUAUCCCUUUGUUACUACGGGCAAGGCGAUGGUUUAUCCGCUUUGAAUUUACUAAAAAACAUAUACAAACAAGAGGAUCCGAAUUGUGUCCCGGCUUUACUACUCGCAUCAAAAAUUUGCGGAGAGAAUCCCGAUUCCGAUUCCGAUUCCAUGGAAGAAGGUGUACGUCUCGCGAAAAGAAUCAUUCAUUUGGAAAACAAUUGCGACGAGAUGGUUGGUGUCGCGUAUUCUUUAUUGGGUGUUUCACUUUCCGGUUAUUCGAAAUCCGCUUUGACUGAUUCCGAAAGAGUUGAGCGACAAUCGGAGGCGAUGAAGGCUUUGGAAACUGCUGGAAGGUUGACCGGAAUGAACGAUUCCAGAGUUGUUUAUGAGCUCAGCUUACAAAAUGCUGAGCAGAGGAAACUGGAUGUGGCUCUUGGACAUGCGAGACAUUUGAUUAAACUGGAAGGCGGGUCGGGCCUUAAAAGUUGGUUGCUAUUGGCCCGAAUAUUCUCGGGCCAGAAACGGUUUUUGGAAGGGGAAACUAUUAUUAAUGCUGCUUUGGAUCAAACUGGGAAAUGGGAUCAAGGAGAUUUGUUGAGGAUGAAAGCCAAGCUUCAAAUCGCACAGGGUCAAGUAAAGAAUGCUAUUGAGACUUAUACACAGCUUCUUGCUGUUCUUCAAGUCCAGAAUAAAAGUUUUGCAACACAAAUGACGAAUCUCAAGGUGGCUGGAAAACGUCAUAAAGAUUUGGAAUUAGAAACAUGGCAUGAUUUGGCGAUGUUGUACAUAAGUUUAUCACAAUGGCGUGAUGCGGAGGCAUGUCUUUUAAAAUCUGAGGCUAUCAGUUACUACUCGUCGUCCCGAUGGUAUAUCACCGGUUUGUUAUAUGAAGCAAAGGGUCUCGAGAAAGAAGCUCUAAAAGCCUACGAAAUGGCUCUAGAUAUCGACCCGAGUCAUGUGCAAAGUCUUGUGUCCAUGGCUAUGGUUCUCAAGCGGCUUGGGGGUGGGUUAGGGUCAGGGUCAGGGUCUGGGUCUGGACCGGUGGUGAGAAGCUUGUUGACGGAAGCAUUGCGGGUGGACCGGAUGAACUCAUGGGGUUGGUAUAAUCUGGGCCAGUUUUAUAAAGAAGAGGGUCCCAUGUUUAUAAAGGAAGCUGUGGAGUGUUUUGAGGCUGCCAGUGUGCUCAAGGAGACUGAACCGAUUGAGCCGUUUAGAUGAGUCGAAUAUAAUUGUGGAUUUAAGUACAUAAAAUGGGGUUUUUUUACCUUUUAGAUUAGUAAAUGAAAUUGUUGCAUAAAUAUUACACAAAACAACAAAAUGAGAGAUCUCAUUGCCGUUUUGGCUUUUUAAAGAGUCGUUUUUAUGGUUAUUGGUCA